AUGCGAACGGUGCGGCAAAGAAGAGUCUACGGCAAGCGCAAAACGAACGCUCCCCGAGCAGUGUUGGAAAAUGGAAGCCCCAUCAAAUCUACGAGUAGUGAAAGCUUAUCUCUUGAUCAGAUGGUAAAGCAAGAAAUAUCCGAGGACAUUGUCAAGGAGAUUGGAAUACAAGUUGCGAAUAUCACUCUAGACGACGACCCUCCGACCAAAGUCGACGCCAACGAUUCCCAGACCCUUGAGGAAUCGCCAGCUGAGAAAAAAUAUCAGACGUCCGUCGGAACACCAGCGAGCUCGAAGAGAGCUAACGAUACACACGAACCAUUACCUACGCCGUCAAACUAUGCUCAAUCGCAGUCGCCACUCAAAGUAUACUCGAGUCAGAAGCGACUAUCCUUUACACCAAGACAACCGCGCGCUAAGCCUGUACGAAAGACAAAACCCAUUGCCAGAUUUUCGUCCGGCUGUGUGGAAAAUGAAAAGGCAAACGACUAUGUUCGAAAAAUCCUAGACGAAGCUACAUCACAACUACCGGGCCGAGGGGUGCAGAAAUUCAGUUCAUGGGCAAAUCGGUCAGAAAGCGCAUUCGACCCAGUGAAGAUAGCAGAGGGAUCAUACGGAGAGGUAUAUAAGCUGCGUCUAAAAGAGAAUAUAUUUAAGCGCAACAUGUCUAAAUCACGGCUGGCAAAGCUGCGGGAGUACGGUGAAGGCGUCUUCAAAGUGGUACCGUUACGCGCACAGAAAGGACUGGGGUCGAAGAAAUUCACUACAAUCGAUGAGAUCGUUGCGGAGGUCAAAUUACUCAAGCUACUAGAUCCCAUCCCUGGAUUCGCAAGAUUUAGAGAAGUGCAUGUAGUUCAAGGUCGAUUUCCGCCAUCGUUCCAAAAAGCUUGGGAUGCUUAUAAAGCUGCCGGAGAAGACUGCGAGAACCCGAAUCCAGCGAAUAAAAGAGCAUACAGCGACCAACAGCUUUGGGCAAUAUUAGAGAUGGAUGAUGCGGGCGUUGAACUGGAAAAGUUCAACUGGUCUUCUGUCUUCCAAAUCUAUGACAUAUUCUGGGGAGUAGCGAUGGGUCUAGCGAGAGCAGAAGAGUAUGCCUUAUUCGAGCAUCGAGAUCUGCAUUUAGGCAAUGUUUGUCUCCGGUCAACAAGACCGGAUGGAGACAUGCAGUUGCUGGCGCCCGUCGACGCAACUCAGUUGGCAAACUCUAGUGGGUUUGGUGUCAGCUCAUUGGAGACAACGAUUAUCGAUUAUUCCUUGUCUCGUGCUGAGCUACGGCUAACAGACGAUCUGGAAGGGAAAAUAGAUAUUGCCUCCACUGAUUUGGACAGUAAGGGGCUCUUCGACGCUGUGGGUCGUGACGAGGCAGAGAUUUUUCAACGAAACACUUAUAGAUAUAUGAGAGCACAACUAUAUACCGGAGUUCCUCUCGCGGAAGAAAAUCCGCCGAAUAUACCAGGAAUCUGGGCCGAAUACGCGCCCAAAACGAAUCUGAUAUGGCUCCUUUUUAUUCUCAAAAUGCUAGUGAAGCAUAUGAAGCAUAAAGAUUAUACUUUACGCGAGGAUUUACUCGAAAACCAAACAAGAAAACCACUUCAAUCAUGCCCGGAUAGAGCCAAUAUACAACAACAGGAUCAUUCAAUCAAACAACCCAAAACAAGAACGCCAGAGUCAGCCAUCAAUACAUUCGAUAACGAUAACCUGGGCAAAGCCUUAACAAAGCUACAAAUCACUCUCACUAAGAGAUUGAACAUGGUCCUUGAGAUUCUUGAUCUGGAGCAUGGAAGAGACGAUAUGUGCUGUGCGGCGGACUUGGUGGCUUAUGCGAUUGAUCAGCAUUGGUUGGAUGAGACUGAUUUUUUCCUUGAUUAAGCUUAACGAUGCAUGGUGGUGAUGGAGAAUUCGUCGCAUUUAAGAGAUCGGCGUACAUGACUUGGUUAUUUUAGGGCUUUGGGUUGCAUCUUAGAUACAUAUUUGGCAUGCUCAGGCGAGCAUAUAGUUAAUUCAGGAAUUGGUUCGAUUUC